GAACGUCUCUUAUCUGGCGGGCCUGCAUCAGCUGCACGCGUUGUGAAACGUACAUCCCAGCAGCGAUAUCUGCAAACACAACAUCAUAACACGAACACGGCAUAUAUCAUAUUUCCCCCUCGUCUACACCGAGAAAGCCAGUUGGGCGUGUGUCGUCGAAGAGUUGCAAUAGCAUGUCCGAGUCCUCCAAGGCGCGGUCCAUACCGUCUGGCAGCUUUCGGGAUGCCGAUGCCCAGAGCUUCGCCGGCGGCUCACCGUCUCGAGCAACGAGGACAGCGAGGCUGGCUGCCACGCCCAUAGUUGGCUCCUCUCCCACUGCUGGCCCCUCGACAUCGCACAGCCAAGGCCAGCAGGAUGUCCAGUCGAGCGGUGAGCCUCUGGCAGGCGCUUCGGGCAGCUCAGUGCCCGGACCAGGGCCUAGCUCGCUCUCCCAGGCACUGAGAGGCUCCAAGGGCUCGUCACCUUCGACCACGCCACCGCAGCAGAUGAGGGAGCCCAGAGGGACGAUGAGAUAUGAAAGCCCCAAGGGCGAUGAUAGAAGUGGGUCCUACACGCCUGCCAGCUACACAACACAGCUCGGGAGAAGUCCUACGCCAAAGGAGGAUCUCGAUGUGCUGAAGAGACAUCUCGUGGGUCCACAAACGGGCUCGGAGGUGGGAUCACCCAGGCAAGGGAACGCUUUCCCCGGAGAUUCGAGCUCUGCUGCCCCAGAGGGAGAAUUUUCCAGUCUCCAGCUACAGGGUGGUGAUACAACACGGCACAUCUACCGCUAUGCGGAGAAGAAAGAGCGCGAGGAGCAGGAAACUGGUAGACUGCGGAGAAGCAUGAGCUACAGCGCACCGAAGACAAACAACAACGACGACGAUGAUGACGAUAUCUCCUUCAUACAAAAGCCGGGCGGUUUCAGGCGGGACCAUAUACGUCGACGAGACGAGUCAGCUGCACCAAGUGCCAGUGGUGGACGAUCGCAAUACGGUACUCUACCUCGUGGUCAACGUGCUACAGAUCCCGAGCCUCCACGCCGCCAAUUCGUAACCUCAAACUUCAUCGAGUUCUUGACGCUCUACGGUCACUUCGCUGGUGAAGAGCUGGAAGAAGAUGACGAAGUACUAGACGCGGACGAAUACUUCUCCUCGGACUAUUUCGAAGAUGCUACUACCGAGGGCGAUCGGAAUGAAGACCGCGAUGACUGGGGAGAAGACUCUGCUCUGCUUCCCGAAACACCUGGCAAACGACGUCGAAAACGCAAGGUUCGCGAGCAAGGCAAAGGUACACCUUUUGGCGCUGCCAUGUUGCUGCUCAAAUCCUUCGUCGGCACAGGUGUCUUAUUUUUACCCAGGGCUUACCUAAACGGCGGCUUUGCCUUUUCGAACGUUGUAUUGUUUGUUCUGGCAGCUCUGUCUUACUACUGCUUCAUCCUGCUGGUGUCGAUUCGUCUCAAGGUCCGCGCAUCGUUCGGCGACAUGGGUGGAAAGAUCUUUGGGCCCUACUUCCGGAACCUCAUCAACUUCUCCCUUGUGAUCAGCCAGAUUGGGUUCUCCUCGGCAUACAUAGUAUUCGUGGCUGAGAAUCUCCGAGCAUUCGUCUUGGCCGUCACGCGUUGCAAAACAGACAUCGGGGUAGGCCUCAUGAUCCUGAUGCAGAUGUUCAUAUUCCUGCCCUUGAGCUUGUAUCGCAACAUCAACCACAUCCAGAAGCUAGCCUUGCUUGCGGAUGCCUUCAUUCUGCUCGGAUUGUGCUAUGUGUAUUACUACGACGUCAAGACCAUUGUUGACCAAGGCGGCGUUGGACCUGGUAUCAAGCAGUUCAACCCGGAACAUUGGACGCUCCUCAUUGGAACGGCCAUCUUCACAUUCGAAGGCGUUGGUCUCGUCAUUCCUAUCCAGAGUGGGAUGGCAGAUCCAAGCAAAUUCCCCAAGGUCAUGGGCACAGUCAUGCUCAUUGUCACAGUCGUCUUCAUAUCGGCUGGCGCCCUCUCUUACGUCGCAUACGGCGAGAACACCAAGACCGUCAUACUCCUCAAUAUGCCUCAGACCAGCAAGAUGGUCAAUGCCGUACAGUUCGUGUAUAGUCUGGCAAUCCUGCUCAGUACUCCCCUACAAAUAUAUCCGGCCAUCGAAAUCACAAGCCAGCAACUCUUUUCGAGAACCGGAAAGUACAAUCCAUGGAUCAAAUGGAAGAAGAACAUCUUCCGCUUUUUCAUGGUCGCUCUGUGUGCUCUUAUCGCUUGGGCGGGAGCGGGAGAUUUGGAUAAGUUUGUUUCGCUUGUUGGAAGCUUCGCGUGCAUUCCGCUUGUCUACAUUUAUCCGCCACUAAUGCACUACCGAGCCGUUGCGACGAAGAGUUGGCAUCGAAUUGCCGAUGUCUUGUUGGUGAUCUUUGGUGUCGCCAUGAUGAGUUACACGACUGCUCUGACAAUCAUUGCAUGGGCGAGUGGAGAAAACGAGUCGGCCCCGGGAUACUGUGAUCCUGUAAACAAGGCCGACGCUUUCUUCCUGCCAAGGUUUUGAUGCAAUUACUUGAGGGAUAGAAGUUGAAAGAAAUGGAAAGUGAAAGCCAAUCGUCAUUGGCGGCACAAUUGCAUCGGAUAGGUCGUGCUAUUUGAGAAUCUAGCGAUGGCGCUGCAAGGAGAUGCAUGCGUGUGAAAGUUGUGUAAGCAUCAUACAUAUAGAAAAGCUACCUAGAUAUCAGAUAGCGACGAUCGAAAUGCAAUGCAUUAACUGCGC